UUUAUUGGCAUCGCGAGAUGUCGCCUUUCCGGUUAAUUGGUGCCAAGGCGAAAUUUAUGAUUGAGGUCAUUCCUGUGAUAGUUGCAGCAGCCUUGCGUCACCUUUUGGAGUUUGAUGGUUGAAUGAAGAAUUGUUAGUUGGUGCUUUAGCCUUGAUCUUGUGCCUUGGUUUAAGUUUGUAUAGAUACAUGACGUAUUGUGCUCCCGAAUUACCUAUUCAUCCUAAAAAGGAGAUGGAAUUGCCUUGUUGAGGACUAUUGUACCUUUCCAUGAUCUCAUAAAUUAUGACUUCCUCUCAUAUUCCAUUUCUUUGACA